CACUACCUCAGUCAAAAUGGACUCGACAAAAGUUAGAUUCGUGGAAACGAAUGUAAAACCGAAAGUAGUUUUUUUAAAAUCGACCUAAGGAAAAACCUCUGGAAUACAGUCAAUCAGCACCAUGGCUUUAUGCAAGCAGUGUGGAAUUGAGAAGCUAUCCAAUGAAUUCCCAUCUGUCACAGUAUCAGAUGAAUGUGAUCAUCCACCACUUGAAUGUCUUCGUUGUGUGAUUAAUUCCUGCCAAAAAGAAAAGAAAUGUCCUCACCCUGGUUGUUCCGUGUCCGUCACACCAGACUGCUCAACAAUUCAAUGGUUUAAAGCCAUUUUGAAUGAAAUGUUUCGAGAAUAUGAAGCCGUUUACACACCUCCAGCACCAAAGGGUUCGGGAAAAGAAAUCUUGAAUAUUACAGUCUUGAAUGGAGAUGCAACUCAGAUACCUUAUUAUUCUUUCAUGACUUUGGUCGACUUACAAAAGCACAUUUACAGCAAACUCAAAAUUCCUCCAAACAAACAAAAAAUAUUGUUUGAGGAUAAAGAAGUUCAGAUGUUCGGUUCGAAUGGCCAACCUUCAACCUUGUCAGACAACAAUAUCCCUCCGUAUGCAACCCUUUACUUAGUCGUCUUGCUUUAUGCAAUCCCUGAGGCGUUUGACCAUGUCGUCUUUGAUCUCUACUGGGGCUAUCCUUUUUCUGGACGUGAUUACUUGGAUGCAUCUUGUUUGCUCUACCAAGGCACACAAUUUUUGAAUUUGGCAGACUAUGAAAACCGUUAUCGCAAUGGAAUAUCCCAUUCUGGGGAUGUAAUGGAUAAUCGUAAACGUAUUGGUCAUCAUACUAUCCAUGUGUAUUUAAAACAAAUUCCAAGUAAUGUCACUCAUCUCUUUUUCACACUAAGUGCAUGGAGCAGUCCUAAUAUAGCUAGAUACCCCAACCCAAGCUUAAAGUUUUAUGAAGCAAGUAAUAGAGAAAAAGACUUGUGUAAAACAACUUUUACACAUGCACGAAAUUCCCAAGCUGUUGUUAUGUGCUCUGUUUCCAAGAAUAGUCAGGGGAGGUGGGAAAUCUAUGAGAGUGGAAAGCUGAGUGCUGGCAAUGCUAGUAAUUAUGGCCCACUCAAAAGCACCAUCUCAAAUUUAAUAAAAACCGGUUAUUAAAUUGCUUUUAACAUCACACUUUUACAGUGAAAGAAUUAGAAUAAAUAGUACAUUUAAUUAG